GGUGAUGUCGAUUUGAGGGCUGUGGAUCAAGUCAGGUAUUAUCUUAAUAAACACGAAGGAAGGGUAAAAGUGUGACUUGACAAGUUCAAGAGGCCUGUUUUCCUGUUUUUAUCAAAAUGCAUAAUAUUCUGAUACAUAAUGCUAAAAUUUGGAGAAGUGGACUCAAAAAAAGUUCAGACAAAAGUCAAUUUUAUAAUUGGAUGAUUUUUGACAAAUUGAGCGGUAAAAUAGAAUCUUGUGGGAAACAAGAUGAUAACCUUCCAUCCCUAAGGUCGAAGGUUAAAGAGGAAAUAGAUUGUAAUGGGAAAUGGAUACUUCCUGGAUUCCAUGAUGCUCAUAUUCAUAUAAGAUGGCACGGGGCAUACCUAACUGACCACACUUUUUUAAAAGUUCCGACUUCGAUAAAACAAAUGCAAGAAAGGUUAAAGGUCAUGCUCUGUGACCCAUAUAAUGACCCCACUGAAGGAAACUCAUGGUUCGUUGCAUACGGUUUUGAGCAACAUGUUAUGGAGCGAUACCCCACUGCUCAAGAUUUAGAUGAAAUUGAAAAUCAGCGUCCAUUACUUGUCUACCACUCUUCAUUCCAUAUCGCCGUAUUGAACACAGUUGGACUAAAAAUGGCAGACAUUGAUGAAAAUACAGAAAUCAAAGGCGAAGGGGUGGAUUUGUACCCAAAUGAUCACCCACUCGCUGGAAAACCGACAGGGAUUCUCAGAGAAGCAGCUAUUGAUCUUGUGAUGGAUUUUAAAAUUCCAAGAUCCAGCUCAAAAAUUAAGCAAGCAAUCCUCUCAGCUCUGAAUGAAUGCGUUAAACUCGGGAUUACUAGUGUUCACUGCCUCGAUAAAGACGUUUGGAAUGAAUAUGUUGAGCUUGCCAAAGAAGAGAAACUGCCUAUUCAAUGCUUUUUUGCAACUUUUUACACUGAUAUGGAUACAAAUAACAGACCCACUAAAGCAGGGGAAACUCAUGGCUCAAACUUGAGUUGUAGAUGUGUAAAAAUAUUUGCCGACGGUGCUCUUGGUAGCGACACUGCAGCGUUGAGUUUGCCCUACCCACAAAAAGAUGAUAACGGGAAAGAUAAUUAUGGUGUUCUAUACUAUUCACAGGAUGAUUUAGAUAAAAUGGUCAAGGAAAUUGACAGCCUCGGAUACCAACUUGAGAUUCACGCUAUCGGUGAUAAAGCAGCUGAGUCAGCAAUAAUUGCCAUGGAAAGGGCGAACAUACUUCCUGACAAACGACCAAUCAUAGUUCACGCUCAGCUUUUGAAUCAUGAUUUAAUAAAAAGGAUGGCGAAAUUGGGAGUAAUUGCCAGCUUACAACCAACUAAUGUACCAGCGGAUGCGAGAUACUCACGAGAAAAGAUUUCCCCUCCCCUUCAAAAAUGUAUGUACCCCUGUCGUAGUCUGAUCGAUAACGGCGUCACAUGCGCAGGUAGUAGCGAUAGCCCUUGUCUGUUUCCUAACACUUUGUUAGGAAUGUAUGAUGCAAUAUUUCGACCUGAUUGUGUCAAAGGUCAGGGGUCGUUCCAGUUGAAAGAACAGGUCCGAGGUCAAAGGUCAUUUCAGCAAGGUGAAGAGGUCACCUUUUCUCAAGCUGUUGAUAUGUACACAUCAGAUGCUGCUUAUGUGGAUUUUGCUGAAAAUUUCAUAGGGAGACUUGAACCCGGUUAUUAUGCUAAUUUUGUGCUCUUGGAAACCCCAGUGGUGAAUGGGGAGAUUGUUGAUUUGUCGAAAUACCCUGAAAGAUUGCUGGAUACGCAAGUGAUGCAAACUUGGGUGAGAGGGGUUCGAUUGUAUUAAUGGGGUGUAGUUAAUGAGUGGUGUAGCAUAUGAUGAGGGUGUGGCAACCUUUUCGUGCACCCCAAAUAUUUUUAAAUGAUUGAAUAAGGUUUUGUGGAAGGUUUAGUGUUGGGAAAGGUGUAGCAGGGUUGAGGAGCCAGCUGAUUGUCAAUAAAUAUUAUCGAAGAGGCUACGGUUGGCUUAUAUUGUUCUGGUAGCUCUCGAUAUUUUAAGUUGUCGCUCUCCUUAGAUUUUCAGUGAUUGUCUGUGAUUUUGCUCAGAGAUGAGUCUUCAUUAAUGCUGAAUGAGCGCACGUAGCCUUUUUAUUAGCUGCCCAUAACUUUGCUCAGUGAUGAGUAUCCUAAUUUUCUAGUGAAUGUACAUAAUAUCUCUUGACCACUUUUCUUCCUUUUGGGAAGAAUGCAAAAAUCAUGACUGGUGAGCAGAUGAAACUGUACUCCUGUAGUAUGUGAACCAAGAUGGCAGACACCGGAACAUAGUAUGUGUACCAGGUUGGGGUUAGGCCAUAAUUUCAGCUUCAAAUACUACGGGAGUCACUUGGCCAGUCCCCGAACUUGGUUUACAUACUUCGGGAGUAUCGAUGAAACAAUGUCUCAAUCCUAUUGUCAGCUUUCCUAUCCCCUGGGAUAAAAAUUCACAUGGAUGGUUUUAUCCUGUUAUAUGAUAUCAAGAUCAAAUGUGAUUUCUUCAAUUUAGUAAUAUUUUUAACACUUAUGCAAUUGAGUCAUGCAAAUGUUUCUUGGUGCGAUUUUAUAAAUCUGUAUUUUGAAUAAUGUCUUAGACAAGCUUCCUAUGUAAUUCUAUUCUGUAUUUUUGGACACGUUUAGUGGCCAUAACGAUCGUUUCAAAAUUUUGUUGUUAUUGUUAUUUGUCUCCGUCUCCAUUUUUAAAAAAAUCGCUUUUCUCUUCGAACACUGGACCAAUUGCUUUGAUAUUUUCAGUAGCCCCCUUUUUUUAGAAAAUUUUUCAAGUCUCACGCCCACCUCGAAAUAACUAGCUAACAAUAAGCUACAAAUAACAGAUAGUGUACGUAACUAUGUUUUAUUCAAAAAAUACACGGAUGGAACGUGAAUAUCCACAAUAAGGCGGGCAAGAUCGAAUCUAACAAAUAUUUCUAUUUUUUAUUGGCUUUACGCCCCCCCCCUCAAAAAAAUUGUCCACGCUCUCCCAUGUGGGGCGCGCCCCUCCGCUGAGAACCACUGUUAUAAUGUAUUUAGAGCACCCGUAAGGCUGCAAAUAAGCUGUAAGUUUCCAAUCUGUACAAUGAAUGAAUAAAGCUUUAGACCAGAUUCAUAUAAAAUUUGAUACCAUAAUUUUAAUUAUGCAAUGAUGGUGCUAUUUUUGCACGACAAAGCAUUUUAUUACUGUAUAUGGUGCUUAUGUGCGACUUGUUUGACUGAAUUCUUUUUAAAAAGCUAUUUUUCAUUCUGUACUGUUAACAAAAUUUGAAAUAAUACAAUUUUUUAUUAUAUAUGCAAUUUGAUUAAAACUUGAGAUUUUAGUAUACUUUUUAAUUCAAGUGAAUGUUAUUGGUUAUUUCAUUUAGUAAAAUAUGGUACAAUUCAAUAAAUGUUUUAUCUUAAAAAUACUGUCAACUUUUUUAGUCCAUUCUUGUUCAUUUGAAUUUCAUGCAGUUCGGAGAAACAACCACCAGACGCAAUUCCAAUUAAUGCGUUUUCAUAUAUGAAUAUUAUAUACCUUCUGUUCUUAACAGGGCUCUAAACAGGCAGGAUAGGAUUUACAUAUUUAUCCCAGGAGAGAAAAGAGUGGAUAAGGCGGCUUAAUCAUAUGACGAACCACGGCUUCUCGUCUGGUAUCGCAUCAGUUAGCCUUUUCUUUACAGAAGCAUAGACUUGAUGGUGGAGGAAGCCAUGUCCGACUAGCGGUAAUGUGAACUACCAUAUGGCAACGAGGAGUCCAGCAAUCUUUUCGCACAUAAUUAGUCCCUAAUUGGUUAGCCCAAUGCAUCACACUGCAAGGAUUUACUACAGGUAGUUUGUAAAGGCCAAAAUCCUUCUGAUUCAACAUUGGCUACCAGAGUGAUAGA